GGCAAGCGAGGCAUGACAGAGCGGAAGCAAAGAAGAACUUUGUUGUGUGCCCAAGAUUGUCAACAUGAUGGGAGAAAAUUACGGGCUGAUUGCUGCAGAAACAAAGCAAGCAUACGAGAGAAUCAAAGCGUAUGUUAGGAAGACCCCUUUGGAUUAUUCUCCAUGGUUGUCAGAUAGUUGCUCGGUAUAUAUAAAACGGGAAGAUGAACAAAUCACCAAUUCAUUCAAGCUCAGGGGUGCAGUAAACAAAGUCCAGAAGUUGUGCCAAGCCACAGAUACCAAACUGAAGAUUGUAACAGCUUCUUCUGGAAACCAUGGACUUGCCUGUGCUAGAAGUGUGACUGGAACUGAUGUUGACUGCACUAUAGUUGUCUUGGAGAAUAUAAGCUCAUCAAAGGUGAAAGGUAUUAAAAGGACCAAUGCAACAUUAAAGUUUCAUGGAACUGACUGCGUUGAAACUGAACUAUUUGCAAAAAAUUAUGCUGAGGAAAUUGGUGCUUUGUAUGUUUCUCCUUACAAUGAUCCUGAUGUUGUUGCUGGGCAGGGAACAAUCGGGAUUGAGAUUUUGGAAGACCUUCCUUCAGUUGAUGCAGUUUUCAUCUCUGUUGGAGGUGGAGGGCUCAUCUCUGGAAUAUCAGCUUUUAUGAAAAACAGGAAGCCUGACAUAAAGAUAAUUGGAUGCCAGCCAGAAAACUCCAAAGUCAUGUAUGAAUCGAUCAAGCAUGGAUCAAUAUUAGACAUCGAAUCUUUGGACACUCUCUCUGAUGGAACAGCUGGUGGUGUAGAGCAAGGCUCGAUUACGUUUGACAUCUGCAAAGAUCUUGUUGACGAAUGGGUUUUGGUUUCUGAAGAUGAAAUCUCUUAUGCCGUUUACAAAAUGCUACAAGAACACUGUAAGGUUGUCGAAGGAGCAGCUGGUGUUGCCAUUGCAUCUUUUUUGAAAACCAAGAAUCAAUAUGCAGGGAAAAAUGUUGUUAUUGUUAGUUGUGGAGGCAACAUAUCUGUAGAAAAAUUAAAAUAUAUAAUCAAUAAACAUGAAGGGGAUUGAGUAUUCAUCCUUGAGGUAGUGCGUGAACUAUGAAUGUGUGAACAGUUUCCGUAAGACUGGAAUUUUCGCUAAUACAGUAUACCUAUAAAAUAACAUUUUGGGUAGAACAGUACUUUUGCUAGAAAAUUUACCAAAGAGUUUUUGUGUAAUGCGAAACAUUUCCUUUCAAUCAUGUAUAUCAAAAGCCGCACUUGAAAAAUUGUUUGUAAUUUU